CUUGUUUUCAGCUAUUAUGCUCUGUUAGGGUUGUGUGAUAAUGUUUUUGCUUGUCUAACCGCUCUUGGUGUUUACUUAUAAAUUUGCUUAUCCGGUUUUUAUUUUUAUAAUUGUUAUUGCGAAUGUUGGUUUCAUGUAAAUAAUUUAAUACCUGGCAUUACAAUGUCUCGUUACCCAACACUCCAAAGCAAUGGAUAUGUGUUAGAUCGAACUAUCGGUACGGGUGGUUUUGGUAAAGUGAAAUUAGCUACUCAUACAUUGACUGGUGAAAAAGUUGCUAUAAAAAUAAUGGACAAGAACAAAUUAGGGAAGGAUCUUCCUCGUGUCAAGUUAGAAAUCAGUGCUCUCAAAAGUCUAUCCCAUCCCAAUAUAUGCAAACUGUAUCAAGUGAUUGAAACUGAAUCUCAUUGUUAUGUUAUCAUGGAAUAUUGUUCAGGUGGUGAACUAUUCGAUCAUAUAGUUGAAAAGAGUCGCCUUAGUGAAAUGGAGUCUAGAAUGUUUUUUAGACAAAUUAUAUCAGCUGUAUCAUAUUUACAUGAAAAUGGUUAUGCUCACAGAGAUUUAAAACCUGAAAAUGUACUACUGGAUAAAGAUCAAAAUUUGAAACUUAUUGAUUUUGGUCUUUGUGCAAAACCUCAAGGUGGUAUGGAAAGUUUAUUAUUAACUUCCUGUGGUUCACCAACUUAUGCUGCUCCAGAACUAAUUCAAGGAGUUAAGUACCAUGGAUCCGAGGUAGACAUUUGGAGUAUGGGUGUUAUAUUAUAUGCUCUAUUAUGUGGAUGUUUACCUUUUGAAAGUGAUAAUAUUGAUGAACUUUUUAGAAAAAUAUUGAAAGGUAAAUAUGUCGAGCCAAGUUGGCUUUCAUCUGGAAGUAAACGUCUAUUGAGAAGAAUGCUGUGUGUAGAUCCAAUAAAGCGUAUACAAAUAAGUGAAUUAAUUAAUGAUCCUUGGGUAAAACUAGGAUUUGGUUGUCCUCCAAUGAUAACUUCUAAAAAUAUGAAUCAUAUAAAAGAUACAGAAUGUUUAGAAGUUAUGAGUCAAUAUUUUAGUAUAGAUAUGGAUACUUUGUGGAGUCAGAUUUCAAAGUGGAGGUAUGAUAGCAACUGUGCUAUUUAUUUGUUAUUAAUCAAUCAGAAAAAGAGUGGCUGUUCAGUUUCUCUAAAUAAAAAAGAAUUACCUAAAGUAGCAGAUUUUGCUAUUAAAAGACCUACAGCAUUACAUACCCCUGGUCAAGAAAAUAGAAGAAUAGUUGGCCGAGCAGUAAGGAGAAAAUUAGAUGAAGUAACUCCAACUGUUCCAGCCAAAAUCAAAAGAAAUUCAAAUCCUGAUACUCCUCAACAAAGUACUUCAGCUCAAAAUAGUCCAGCUGGUAAAAUAUUAGAUUCUAUUGAAAAACGGUUGGGCUUAAAUCGAGUUAGAAAAGCAUUAACACCAAGACGAAGAGCUUGUACUUCAACAUUAAAAAAACCAGAAUUAUUGGAUAUUAAAAAAGAUUUAUGUAAUAUUUCGACAACAGUCUGUAAAGACCCAGAAAAGGUAAUGAACCAAUUGGAAAAUGCAUUGGUAACAAAAAAUAUUAUUUGUUCAAGAAAAGGUUUUGUAUUAAGAGGUAAAUUAAAAUGUGAUAUGGCUGAUAAAGAAAAAUUGAAGUUGUCAUUUGAACUAGAAAUAUGUUUGGUACCUUCAAUGAACAAAAAUAAUGGUUCUGUUGUUGCAAUUAAAAGAAAACGUCUUAAAGGUGACUCAUGGAUGUACAAAAAAAUUUGUGAAGAAAUUCUCAAUUUUACAGGCAAAUGUGAUACAAUACAAGAAUAGUAAAAAUUAAAUUGUUAUAAAAUGUCUUAUUUAAAUAUUAAUAUUAUACAUUUUUUUUAUGACUUAAUAAUUAUCUUUAAAAGCUGAAACAUUUUGAUAAAUUCAUAUUUGUGAUAAUUUAUAGAAUAUCAAAAUACUUAGGCUAUUUCAUAUUGACCUGGUUAUUAUUUGAGUAUUUAAUGUAC